AUGGCAUUUCUAAAUUAUUUUCAAGGGCGAGUACCACAUGUUUCACAGCCACAUGGAAAGAUGGAGAGAUUACUGCACUUUUCAUCUCCAGGCAAACACCAGCCUGGAAGAAGAUCUUUUGUUUUGUUCUGAGGAAGGUUACAAUUUCACAUGCCCUGACAAGAACUGAUUUGCCUCUUCAGUUCAGCCUUCCCUGCUGCACACUCCAAAUUGUACAAAUAUUUCAAGGAAGUAGCAGAGACAGUUUUACAGAUUCUCAGUCAGAUUCAAUGGCUGCAUCUAAGAAAUCUUACUGAUGUGGAAUGCGACUUUACUUCCACCGAUAGGAUCCCUGGAUUUCCUGUUGCUCAUUCCAAAUUGUACAAGUAUUUCAAGGAAGUAGCAGAGACAGUUUUACAGUUUCUUAGUCAGAUUCAAUGGCUAGAUCCAAGAAAUCUUACUGAUGUAGAAUGCGACAUCACUUCUAUCGAUAGCAUCCCUGGAUUCCAAGCAGUUUCAAAGUAA